AUGACUGAUAAUAGCAGAGAAAGAGAGUUGAGAGUGCCGAGAGCAGACAGGAAGCAGAGAAAGCAGCAACAAAAAUCAGGGAGGAUGCUUCGACAGCUGCUUCUGAUUUCCCUGCUGGGAUUUUCCUGGACAACAGCGGCCGGACUGCCUUGCUCUCAGACGUUUCCCUCUCAGCAGCCUCCUUCCACGGCUGACAUCGUUACACCAUCGGAUGUGGCGGCGCUUUCCUUCAUUGGACUCCAUGAGCACAGCACGGAAUUACUCACGGUCACAUCAAGACUCAGAGAGCUGAUGACCAUGUUCAGUCCUGGACUGCUCAGCGACCUCUCAGAGGAAACAGACUCAGAGUUUCGUCAUUGGGGGACACUGGUGGAGCAGGCAAACAAAUUGUCUUUGUACUUCCAAAAUGAUCAGAAAUAUGGUGUAAAUCCAGACUGGAAGCUGGUGCUUCUCUUUGUCCAGGUGGAUCAGCUGUGUGCCUGCAAGCAGCAGCAGGUCCCAUCCGUUACCGGAGGAGUGCUUGAAGAGGUGGAUGCUGCUCUGCAGCUGCUGCACUCUCAGCUAACAAAGACGAUUGUCAGUGUUGCACUAUGGGAUGGAGAGAAUGAUUCUAUCCACAGGAAGGUUUGUCAAUGUGGUAAUACAGACGAUGAAGGAGAACUCCGACUUCAGAGGGCCUUGAUCACUCAAGCUCUGCAGGAAUCUUUGGAUGAGCUCCUGGUUAAGAAGCAUUGGUACAGAGACAGAGAUGACUUCACUGUCACCCUGCAGGACACCCCCUUUAUCAGAGACAUUUCAUCUAUCACUAGUAAGAAGCCUCUCUCCGAGUCCAAAGCAUCACAGCACACUGAUGAACUGGUGGUGCAGAUGUGGACUAACCUGCUGCAGCCAGUUGACCAACACAGAACAGAGAACAACGGGAACAUCAUCACACUGCCAUGUCCAACUAGGGACCGACCCUUCGUGAGGACAGAGGGAAAUUCUCCUUCCUUUCACCACAGCGACGCCUCGCCCCACUCUCUGCCAUUUACAGGAACAGAGAUGCCGUGCAAGGACUUUGAACCCUCAGCUUCCACACCCACCUCAGUCCAUGAACUCAGGCCCGGAGACAUCAAAGUGGUGGCUGCUGUGGGAGAUUCCUUAACAGCAGGGAACGGCAUUCCUUCCAGCCCUAACAACCUCGCGGAUGUCCUGCGGCAGUACAGAGGUUUAUCCUGGAGCAUUGGUGGAGAUGGCAACCUCACAACUGUCACCACUCUGCCCAACAUUUUGAAACAUUUCAACCUAAACCUGACCGGCUACUCAGUUGGUGUGGGCAAACAGGACACUACUGAUGCUUACCUCAACCAGGCUGUGACUGGAGCAAAGAGCAAGGAUGUCCCACGACAGGUGCGAGCCUUAGUGGCAAGGAUGAAAAAUGACUCCAAAAUCAACUUUGAAUCAGACUGGAAGAUGAUCACCUAUUUCAUUGGUGGAAACGACGUCUGUGACUUCUGCUACAACUCUCUAUUCUUCUCUACAUCAAAUUAUGUCCGCUAUAUUCGUGAAAGCCUGGAUUAUCUUCACAAGGAGGUUCCUCGAGCUCUGGUGAAUCUUGUAGAGCCUCUCCAAAUAUCAGCACUAAGAGAAAUACACAUGGACCCCUCCCUUAAAUGCCCAACUUGGCUUGUAAAUAUUAUCUGUCCUUGUGUUGUCAUGCCAAAAGAAAACUCAGCAGCUCUACAACACAUGGAGGGCCUCACCAGGGACUAUCAGCAUGCUCUGCAUGAGCUUGUGGAGUCAGGCCGGUAUGACACUCGCUCAGACUUCACUGUGGUCAUUCAGCCUUUACUCAGAGACAUCAUUGUCCCCAAACUGCCGGGUGGCAAAGUUGAUCGCUCCUUCUUCAGUGCUGACUGUUUCCAUCUCAGCCAGAAGGCCCAGACCAUGAUGGCUCAAGGCCUUUGGAACAACAUGCUGCAACCUUUGGGCAAUAAGACUUUCGUAAUGGAUUUCAAUACACCCUUUAAUCUGACAUGUCCAACGAAGACUUCCCCCUUUAUUCGGACCUAUAACAACAGUAACUACAUCUAUUCUGAUCUGUCCCCAACUCCAGGACCUAUUCCAAACUGGGGGAGUGAUUUCUCUUGUCAGGGGCUUCAUCCAUCCGACUCUCAGCCAACUUCAGUCCACAAGCUGAGACCUUCAGACAUUCAAGUGGUGGCUGCACUGGGAGACUCUACAACGACUGGCACUGCUGCAAAAGCAAGGAACCUGCUUGAGCUCAAUAAAAUGUAUAGAGGAGUAUCGUGGAGCAUUGGAGGAGAUGCAAGUCUGGAGACUGUCACAACAUUGCCAAACAUCUUGAAGAAGUUCAACGCUUCCCUAAAGGGCUUCUCUAAAGGCCAAAUGGCAAGACAGAAGGGCUUCAACAUGGCUACUCCUGGAGCAAGCAGUUUAGACCUCCUUGCACAAGUCCAGGCUCUUAUCAUUGCCAUGAAAAAAGAUACGACGGUGAAUUUUGAAAACGACUGGAAACUCGUGACCAUAUUCAUUGGAGGAAAUGAUCUCUGCAAUCACUGCUUGGAUCAAAACAAUCUGUCGCCCAAGAACUACAGCCACAAUCUCAUGCUCAGUUUGGACAUGCUUUACACAGAGCUACCAAGGGUGUUGGUAAAUGUUGUACAGAUUAUGCAGAUAGAUCCGUUGAAAACCGUCAAGAGGGAUACAAUGGGCUGUUCCUUAUUUCCAAGGAUCAAUUGUCCGUGUGUUAUCAACCCAGAAGAAAAUUCUCCAGAGCUCGAGGAGAUCAAACGAAUCAAUCACGAGUACCAGACUGAGAUCCACUAUCUUAUUUCAGGAGAUCGCUAUGAUGGAAAAGAGGACUUUGCUGUUGUACUUCAGCCUUUUUUAGACAGAUCUUUCAUACCUCAUAUUGGAAACGGUGAGGCUGACGCGAGCUUCUUCUCUGUCGACUGCUUCCACAUAAGCGAGCGAGGUCACGCUGAGAUGGCCAUCGCACUGUGGAACAACAUGCUGGAGCCUGUUGGCAGGAAGCAGACCUACAACAACUUCACCUAUGACCGCUCUAAGAUUCACUGCCCCUCUGAGGCCAGCCCUUUCAUCUUCACAAAGAUCAACAGUUUACCAAGUCUACCUGUAUCCUCCACCGUUCCACCCGUGUACGUCACCACCGGCAGUUUGUUCACAUGCCCGACCUCCAUACCUGUGUGGGUGCCAGUGGUUGUGGGAAUAGUGUGUUCGCUGGCUGGCAUUAUUAUCUCCUGGUUUUUGAUGUCCUGCAUUCAGCGUAAGAAAAACAAAGAAAGGACAAAUGGAGCAGAAAAGAAAGGAACUGCGUUCUGAAUGAAGCUGUGACAGUGCUUAUGGUUUACAGUUGGUACAAAGACAUGCAGUUAUGAUGAUAUCAAUGACCCACCAAGCUGCUGACAGGGUUGUCAAGGUUUCCCUGUUGUACUUGAUGUUUGUCCGCUUGCAUAUUGUUUGAAAACUGUAUGCAGCAGCACAAAGAAAUGCAGAUUUUCAGAAGUGGCGGUAGAACUGUUUUAAAAGCUAGUGACUCACAUAUUUAAUUUGAAUAUUAAAUAUUUUGUUAGCAGAUUUAUUGCUUAACAAUGCAACAAUUAUGUAGAAUAUUUGCCAUUGUUUUUUUUGUACUGUAAAGAAUACGGAGAAUACUGAUGUGAUUUUUUUUUAUCUGCAUGAAAGCAAAUCUUUUGUACAUUUCUAUGUUCUAAUUUUUAUUUAUUG